AUUCAUGGCGUUCGACACAAUGAAAGGCUUCAUCCCUGGUUUCGUCGUGUGUCUUCUUGUUUUAGCUUCAGAUGCAUCAGCUGUGAAGCAUGAUGUCGAGGGUUUUCUUGGAUGCCUUCCUCGCCAAGCAAGCCCUUCUUCUCCAAUCUCUGGAGCCGUCUAUACUCCCAAAAACUCCUCCUUCGAUUCUGUUUUCGUGUCGUACACGAAAAACAAGAGGUUUUUAAACCCUAGAUUCACUAAACCUGUGGCCAUCGUCACUGCACAGCAUGUAUCUCAUGUCCCGGCGACAGUGGUGUGCGCAAAGCAUCACGGUCUACAGAUCCGUGUACGAAGCGGAGGCCACGACUACGAGGGCCUCUCGUACACCUCGUCUGUCCCGUUCGUGAUCCUCGACAUGUUCAAUCUCCGUUACAUCGAUGUUGACCUGUACAGCGAGACAGCUUGGGUACAAGCAGGGGCCACCAUGGGAGAACUCUAUACCAAAAUCGCUGACGCCAGCAAAUUGCGAGCGUUUCCGGCGGGGGUUUGCCCUACUUUAGGAGCCGGAGGACACAUCAGCGGGGGUGGCUACGGAAACUUGAUCAGAAAGUAUGGAAUAUCGGUGGAUCACGUCGUAGACGCUUUGCUGGUUGACGUGAACGGAAGGGUCUUGAACAGAACUAAUAUGGGCGAAGAUCUCUUCUGGGCAAUCCGCGGAAGCGGUGGGGCCAGCUUCGGGGUAAUUCUUGCAUGGAAGAUCAAACUCGUCACUGUUCCAGAGACGGUGACCGUGUUUAGGGUUAACAAAACAUUGGAACAAGGAGCAACUGAUGUUCUGUACAAGUGGCAACUGGUCGCGAGUAAGUUGCCCGAAGAGCUGUUCUUACGCGCGAUGCCUGAAGUAUCCAGAGGAAGGGACGGCAACAGAACCAUUGUCGUUCUAUUCAUCGCUCAAUUCCUGGGUCCUGCUGAAAAUCUGUUGGCCAUAGUGAACAAGAAUCUGCCAGAAUUGGGAUUAAAGCGCCAAGAUUGCAUCGAAAUGAGUUGGCUUAACUCUACGGUAUUCUGGGCUGAUUUCCCUGCCGGAACGCCGACGACUGUGCUUCUGGAUAGGCCAACGAGCCCGGGAAUUUCAUUCAAGAGCAAGUCAGAUUACGUCAAGAGACCGAUCCCGAAGGAGGGAAUGGAGAAGAUGUGGAAGAGCAUGCUGAAGUUUAACAGCUUGUGGAUGCAGUGGAAUCCGUACGGUGGAGUGAUGGACCGUAUCCCGGAGACUUCCACACCGUUCCCUCACAGGAAAGGGAACUUGUUCAAGAUUCAGUACUUUGCCAUAUGGACCGACAAUAACUCCACAGACACGAAUCUGAAUCUGAUGAAUGAGCUGUACAAAGUUGCGGAACCGUACGUGUCAAGUAACCCUAGAGAAGCGUUCCUGAACUACAGGGACAUCGACGUCGGAAGCAAUCCGAGUAAUCAGACAAACGUGGAAGAGGCUAAGGUCUAUGGAACAAAGUAUUUCCGGGGAAAUCUCAAGAGACUGAUGGCAGUGAAAACCAAGUAUGAUCCUUCCAACUUCUUCAAGAACGAACAAAGCAUUCCCCCGACCUUCAUCCCAAAUUGAUAGACUUUAUGUUUAGAAAUUAUUUGGACACAUCGGUCCGAUAAAAUAAAAUGAAUCAGAUUUAAGUCUCUGUGUUUUA